AUGGGAAAUACGCAUAAUAAAAGUGACAGGAGUAACCAGCGAAUAAUAAACGGAGAUCGCGAUCGUGACGAGCCAAGAAUAACAAGUCAGCUUAGUUUGUUACAAUUCGUCGGAAACCUCAGUGGUCGCUCCCUCGUCAGCGUAACUAGUAACCAGUCUGUAUACAGCGCUUCAAGACCUUGGUCUCGUAUAUCUCGACGAAGAUGGAAUGAUGCAACAAUAAAAAAUCCCCUGGAAGGGAGUAAGACUGCAUGGCCAGUAGCUCACAAAGAAUCUAUCUUCCUGCCUGAAUUCCCUAUCACUACUGAUUUAUUACAAAAGAACUUCCAAAUUGAUAAUAUAAUCGCAAAUGGAGCUUUUGGCAAAGUAUACAAAGUGACAAAGUCCAGUGAUAACAAGGCAUAUGCAUUGAAAGUGCUUAGUAAAGCCCAGGUAGUGCAUGAAAAUGCCGUGCGACAAGUGAAAGAAGAAGCUCGUAUUCAAACUCUUUGCGGCCAUCAUUCAUUCAUUGCUUGUGCAGUUUCCCGGUGGCAGACCAAGAAAAGCCUAUACAUUGUUUCAGAAUACAUUCCUGGUGGAGAGCUGUUAGCUUUACUAGAUAACUAUGGCAAGUUACCUAUGGAGUUAGUGAAGAUUUUUGUUGCCGAGAUUGCGAUCGCUUUAGAUUUCCUCCACAACGCCGGUGUGAUCUACCGCGAUUUGAAACCGGAGAAUAUUCUCCUCGACGCAGACUACCACAUCAAGCUGAUUGACUUCGGUCUUUCCAAGUGGCUCUCGAUCGGAGCGCGGACCACUACACUGUGUGGAACGCUCAAAUACAUGGGUGAUUUUGCGGGCGGUGAAAAGUGUGUAUUCGAGGGUGAUUAUGUCAGUAUCGAGUACGGCGGCCUCUGGCCAGUGACCGGCAUCAUGAACGCGCGCACUAUACCCUUCGAGCUGACCAUGGAGGGCCGGCAAGUAGACGAGGUCGUCGCCAGCAUAUUCCACACCGUCCUGUUCCAUCGUUCCAGCGGCAAGUUCACAUACAACAACGAGGAGAGUUACUCGAUCCGCACCGUCAGCUACGUGGAUGUGGACUGUGACUUCAUAGACUUCACAUACGUCUGCUGCGAGUCUGACGCGCUCGGUCGCGAUGUGAAACGGGAGAUAUCGGACUUCUCGGAGCUCCUCCGCGCUGUGGACAGGACUUCCUCACCCCCCAGAGGAUCGAUAAGUCUGGAGUUCUUCCAGAAGAGGCGCGCGCGUUGGCCAUUUCAACCGGAAUGCGUUCCUUGGGAGGUGUGGACGGUUUACUGUGAGCUGACCGAGCGCAGCGAUCACGAUAUGCACAGCAAACACGAGAGCGUCGUCGAGAUGCUCCAAGACAAAAUUGUCUUUAUAACAGAAAUAAUAAAUCGUCACGAAUAUGUGCCAAAGAUGCCUAGUCGCUCGGACGCCGAUUUGAUCUUUGACACGUCUUACACAGAUAUACAACCGUACCUGUUCAAGAUACAUUAUAAUCUGUCGGGGGUCCCACCCGUUUCGCAUAUCAACACUGUCCGUAAAUUGAUACGCGAUACCCUGUCAUUGUGA